UCAAAAUGUGAUUUUAAACCUAACCCAAACCUUAACCACACCGAUAACGUUAUGCCUAACCCUGACCUUAAGUUAAGACCAAAGUGCUCAUUUUGUUCUAAUUAAUUUUUUACGAUACAGCCAGUUUUGUCUGUGGCUGUGGUAACUAGUGGAAACCCAGAAAGGUUGGUUUGUUGUUGGCAGCUCCUGUUUUGAUUUACUAAGCAUUCGUCUGGAGAACACUUUUGACCCUGGAAAUACAAAAAAAACUAUCGUCAUUCUGGUUGGUAUUCAGAAUCCGCAGUGGCUUGCAAGCACAGCUUCUUGAGUGCAGCGCGGUCAAAAGCAGAAUUGGCCAAAAUGAUGUCUGAAGAAAGCUCGCCUAUGAGGCACAUUGAUCUUGGGUCUCCUCCUCCUCUGGAACCACCAGCGGCUGGUUACAGGUUCCCCGGCCCUCCGCCACCCAUCUACUCCUGCACUCUGACCCCAGAGCUGGUAGCCAAAGCCCGGGAGGAGCUACAGGAGAAGCCAGAGUGGAGGCUGAGAGACGUGCAGGCCCUGAGGGACAUGGUGCUGAAGGAGCAGCCUAACCUCCGAACCAGGCUGGACGAUGCCUUCCUCCUGCGCUUCCUACGGGCCAGGAAGUUUGACUAUGACCGUGCCAUGCAGCUUCUCCUUAACUACCAUACCAGUCGGCGGGCCUGGCCUGAGGUCUUCCAGGACCUGAAACCUUCCACUAUCAAACAUGUGUUAGACCUGGGCUUCCUCACUGUUCUGCCCCAUCCAGACCCUAAUGGACGCUACAUCCUCUGUCUCAGACCUGGAAAAUGGAAAGCGAAUGAUUAUCCAUUUGAGGACAACAUCCGGGCAAUUUACCUGACUCUGGAGAAGCUGAUUCAGCCAGAGGAGACUCAGGUGAAUGGGAUCGUCAUCUUAGCAGACUACACUGGGGUGGGCUUGUCCCAGGCGUCCAAUCCGGGCCCAUUCCUGGCCAAGAAGGUUGUCAGCAUCCUUCAGGAUAGCUUCCCAAUAAGAAUCAAGGCUGUUAACAUCAUAAAUGAGCCCCGGAUUUUCAAAGGGAUCUUUGCGAUAAUUAAGCCUUUUUUGAAGGAGAAGAUGGCAGAGAGGUACGUUCUCCAUGGGUCAGACCUGCGCUCUCUGCACCGCAACAUCCCUCGAUCCGUCCUGCCAGAGGAGUAUGGUGGGGUAGCCGGCCACCUCGACAUGUCAGCCUGGUCGAAGACAUUACUGGACUCUGAGGAGGAGUUUAUAGUGGAGUUCUGCCAGCCAGAUCCUCUAGAGGGCGUAGUUCUCCCAGACUCCAUGCUGUUUGAAGGGCAGCAGUCUGGUGGUGCUGCCCAGGAUGAUGACACCUUCAGGGGGCUACGCUCUCAGCUCUACUACUGUUACUGAUACUGACCAUCACCUCUCUCUCGUUAAACUACAGUGAGGAUACUAGCCUGGUCCCAGAUGUAUUUGUGCUGUCUUGCCAACGCCUAUAGUCAUUUAUGUGACAAUGGCCAUAGAAGUUGGUUAAACAGCACAACUAGAUCUGGGAUUAGGCUAUGAGAACACUACUGUUUCUUUUGAAACAUUUAUCUAUGUUUUAUCAUGUUCCCAUGGGGCAAGUUUUCAAUGUUAUUUAGUAGAAAUGUUAUUCACUAUAGGAGGAACUAAAUAGUCGUCUGGGCCCAUAUUCAAAAAGCGUCUCAGAGUAGGAGUGCUGAUAUAGGAUUGGUUUUUACCUUUGAGAUCAUCAUUUUAUACAAUUAUAUGGAGAUGGGAGACGCUUUACGAGUUCAGGGCCUACUACAUGGCCAAGCAUAAGGCAGCUUCAGGUUCUGGCAAAGAGGCUUAAUAGGAGCUGCCUCUCGGUUUCAAACAAUUUCCAGUGUUACAUUUAUUUCCUAUAGAGGAAGACGAUCAACUGUGCCCAUUUGAAAUGCCACUCACUUCCGCUUUCUCCUUCAUUUCUCAGAAUACAUGUACUGAGGCUGUUCCUGUUAGAUUUCCUCUGCAUGGUCAUAUUCAAACACCAUGUUGUAGCCUUACCGGAUCCAUACUUUGCCUUUAAUCUGUUUUCGAUAAUGAUAGAUGUGCAAGGGGUUAUGAAUGGGGUUUAAUUUGUAACCAUACAAGUUGCCACUUUUAUCCAAAGCAACUUACAGUGCAAUGAGUGGAUAGCCUACAAUUUUAGCAUGUGUAUGUGAUCCCUGCAGGAAUUGAAACCAGUGAUGAACUUGCCAUCGGUGGUGCCARGCUCUUACUAACUGAGCCACUCAAGACCUGUAAUGUCUGAGUUACUGAGAGCCCUAGCCUACAGUAUGACAUGUGCAUUCGUUCUUAUUAAGACACAUUUUACUAGUCCUGAUCAGUUAAUACAGCCUGGCUUCAAGGACGUAACAUAGUAAACAUAAAUCUGUAACACUCAAAUUACAGUAGUAUGAUAUGUUACAUUUGGUAUGGUAACAUAAGACCAAAGGUUACUUAAGCCAAAAACUAAAGUGGGGAGGAUGGGUGGGCGUAUAAUGCAAACGUCUAGCAACCCAAAGGUCACGUGUAUCGAACCACAUCACUGACAACUACUGCAACUACUUAGCAUGUUAGCUAGCUAACCCUUCCCCUAAACUUAACCUCUAGCCUAGCUAACAUUAGCCACAACAAAUUGGAAUUCGUAACAUAUCAUACGUGUCGCCAAUUUGUAAGACAUUGCACGAAUUGCAAUUCGUGCAAUUUUACAAUGACGGCCAAACCCUCCACUAACCCGGACGACGUUGGGCCAAUUGUGCGCCGCCCUAUGGAACUCCCGA